GAAUCCUCUUCACAGAAAAAAGCUCCGUUUGUUUGUCUGCAAAUCCGCCAUUCUCCAUCUCUCUCUCUCUCUCUUUCUCUGAUGAUCUGCAUUUUCCGAACCCGGUUUCGAACUCGUUCCUGACUCGCUCCUUCUCUCCUUCCUAACUCGCUCCUUCUCCUCUUUCUAUACACAUAACAUACGCAAAUAGAAAGUGAAUGGAGGGCGUUGCUCUCUCUGAAGAUCUCUCCGGAUCCACUCAGCGUUCCGACUCGGACAGCGACCAGCGAGUCUACUUCGUUCCCUACAGUUGGUGGAGAGAUGCACAGGAAUCAGUUUUGGGCGAUUCUGAUGGGAAGAGAGGGGUUUUGUACGUGGCUUUGCAGGCUUCUUCGUAUGCUGGCCCUAUGAAGCUCAUCAAUAACAUUUUCAACUCAGAUCUUGUGUUCAAUCUAAGGAGAGAGGAUGAUAGUGUACAUAGUGGUGAAAAUGGCGAAGUCGGUGUCUCAGGCCGAGACUACGCAUUGGUGCCCGGAGAAAUGUGGGUUCAGGCACUCAGAUGGCAUAGUGAUUCUAAAGUUGCAGUGAAGGAUGGUAGGAGUUUUUCAGCUGCGGAAGAUGACAUGACCGAUGUCUAUCCGCUACAACUCAGACUUUCUGUUUCACGAGAAACAAAUUCAUUGGGAGUAAAAGUUACAAAGAAGGAUAAUGCAGUUGAGUUCUUCAAGAGAGCCUGCAAAAUUUUCAGUGUGGAGUCUGAGAUGUUACGCAUCUGGGACUUUUCGGGGCAGAUAAACUUAUUUUUUGCAAAUGAAAGAGCCAAGUCUUCAAGAGACUUUCAACGACAGUCAGGUGAGAUAAUGUUGGAGUUGCAAGUUUAUGGGUUGUCAGAUUCCUUUAAGUGCAGGGAAGGGAAAAAAGAUGAGAUGGCCGCACAACAUUCUACCAUCACAAAUUCCUGUUGUGGUGCUUCAGUUGUGAUGAAUGGUUCUGCGGGAAUCACAAAUUCUAACUUCAUCCGUUCAUUAUGGGGAAGCUCUUGCGAAACAGGUUCUUUAGGAUUGACAGGAUUACAGAACCUUGGAAAUACUUGUUUCAUGAAUAGUUCCAUCCAGUGUUUAGCGCACACCCCAAAGCUUGUGGACUAUUUUCUCGGAGAUUAUGGUAGAGAAAUAAAUCCAGACAAUCCAUUGGGCAUGAAUGGGGAGAUUGCUUUAGCCUUUGGAGAUCUGUUAAGGAAGUUAUGGGUUCCUGGAGCAACUCCAGUAGCCCCAAGGCCAUUUAAGUCAAAACUUUCUCGAUUUGCUCCGCAGUUUAAUGGAUUUAAUCAACAUGAUUCCCAAGAGCUCCUGGCUUUUUUGUUGGAUGGACUUCAUGAAGAUCUUAAUCGUGUAAAAUGCAAGCCUUAUGUAGAAGUCAAGGAUGGUGAUGGCCGACAAGAUGAAGAGGUUGCUGAUGAAUAUUGGGGAAAUCAUUUAGCCCGUAAUGACUCUAUAAUUGUUGACGUGUGCCAAGGUCAAUAUAAAUCAACAUUAGUUUGCCCUGUUUGCAAAAAGGUGUCUGUUACAUUUGAUCCAUUUAUGUACCUGUCGCUACCCUUGCCUUCAAUGAUGAUGCGGACAAUGACUUUAUCAGUGGUCAAUACUUAUGGAUAUUCUCAGCCGUCUCAAUAUACCAUUACUGUGCCCAAGCAUGGAAAAUUAGAAGAUCUCAUCCAGGGUUUAAGUGUUGCAUCCUCAUUGGGGAUUGAUGAAACCUUUUUGGUGGCUGAGAUAUACAACAAUCGCAUUAUACGCUAUCUUGAGGAACCAACUGAUUCAUUAUCUUUAAUUAGGGAUCAAGACAAGCUAGUUGCUUAUCGGUCGACGAAAGAUGUUGAGCAAAUCCCUUUGGUUGUGUUCAUGCAUCAGCUGAUGGAGGAGCAGUACAUGGAUGGGAAACUGACUUCAAGCUUUGGAAUUCCUCUUGUGUCAAGACUACCCAAUUCUGCUACUGGAUCUGAUAUCUGCAACUUAUACUUGAAAUUACUUAAGCCAUUUCACACACCCUCAAAAGAUUCCCAAGAAUGUUUUGAUAGUUCCGAGGGCACCACUCUUGAAGAAGUCACCGGAACACAGGAUUCCACACCUCCUGUUAUAGGGGCUGUGAACCCCUGUAAUGGAAGUGAGGCUGACUCACCCUUUGAUUUUGAAUUUCAGUUUUACAUAACAGAUGAAAAGGGAAUUUCCAAGGAUAGAAAGAUAGUAAUGAAUGAUAUGGUAGAGAGGGAAAAAACCAAGCGGUUAAAUGUCCUUGUAUGUUGGCCAAAAAAGUACAUCGAACAGUAUGAUAAUCGCCUUCUUUGCUCAUUACCAGAGGUUUUCAAGACUGGCCUUUUUGCAAAAAAGCCUCAAGAGUCCGUUUCUCUGUAUAAGUGCCUUGAAGCGUUCUUGAAGGAAGAGCCUCUUGGACCCGAAGACAUGUGGUAUUGUCCUGGCUGCAAAAAGCACUGUCAAGCCAGCAAAAAGUUGGAUCUAUGGAGACUGCCGGAGAUCUUGGUCAUUCAUUUAAAGCGGUUCUCAUAUAGCCGUUUUUUAAAGAACAAGCUGGAGACUUAUGUCGAUUUCCCUAUUGACAAUCUUGAUUUGUCAACAUACAUUGCCCACAAGAGUGGUCAGUCAUGUAAUCGUUACAUGCUGUAUGCAGUUAGUAAUCACUUUGGAAGCAUGGGAGGUGGUCAUUAUACUGCAUUUGUCCACCAUGGAGGUGAUCGGUGGUAUGACUUUGAUGAUAGCCACGUUAACCCUAUCAGCCAGGACAAGAUAAAGUCUUCAUCUGCUUAUGUUCUUUUCUACAGAAGAGUUGUGGAAGUGUGAUAUCAGAGCUUUGAAAUUCCUUUUCAAGAUCAGUCCUGUGGUGGAAUAUAUUUUUCCUUCACCUCAGUCCUCGCACUAACCACAAAAUUAUCAUUCUUUUGUCUUUGGUAUUGUUUAGUUUGGAUUGAGAACUUCCAGCAUGGAUAAAAUUGAGGGAAGUUCUUACGCUUAGAGGACGGUGCUGAAGAUGAUUGUAACAUAGUAGCAAAAUGAAGGGAUGAGUGACCGCACUGAGGAUGCUACAUGCAGUUAUAACCAUCCAUGAAGAGACAUUUACUACCUGGAGUAGAGAGAUUUCUGAUAGGGUCUGCUCUAUGAAAGUGUAAUUUUUGCUUUUAGAUAUAGCUGAUGAGUUUGGCGAUCUUUAUUUCAGUCAUCUUGUAAACAGGGACUGCUGGAACAAGGCUGCACUGCCAAUGACCUUAAGGUCGUGUGGCGGUAAGACUUUCCUUGGGGCGGAAGGAAACUUGCCCGGCUGCGCACUGCGCAGGUGAAGUUGCCUAAGUCGGAAAAAAGAACGAUAUGCUCCUUUAUUUAUUUUAUUCUUUUUGGUGUAUUUUUUAUUGGUUGGUGAUGAAAUUAGGGCAUGAAAGAACUGUAUGAUCCUUACCAUGAAGCCAAAAAAGGUUCAUCUGAUGAAUGUUCCAACUAUAAUUUAGCCAGAUUUGAUUUUUAA